GUCGUUUUUUUUCUUCUACUUUUUGGUAGCAAUAAAGAAGAAGACGCCCUCUGCUAUGGCAAGUCAGCAAACCCAAUACAGUUCCAGCUCAAUACUUGGCUUUCCAUCUCCAUUUACGUAUAUAACGCUUUUGUCGUAGGGAAUGUAAGCUUUUUCUGCUUGUGUUUUGAUUGGUUAUUUUGUCCUUUUAUUACUUUCGGUUUUCCUUGCUAAAGAGGAAUUUAUCUUGAGACCCAGAAGAAAAGAGAAGGAAAGAGGGCUAUAUUUGCUGCUAUUGACGGUAAUCUCGUCGUUUUUUAUUGUUAUGUUGUUCUUGAUGAUGUUGUAUAUUAUGCCUUUCAAGUGUUCGUUCAUAUGUCUGCUUAAGUUGACCAUACUUCUUUGCACAACCAGCUUUUUUAUUUGAUUUCCGAUCAGAUGUAAAUUGGAUUUAGCUUUUCUGUUCUGGGAUUUUGUUUGAUGUUUCAUGUCUUUGAUCUUCAUUGUCUGGAAAAUUACCAUAUUUUUAUGUUACAAUUAUUUUUGCAAGGUCUUUCCAUGUGUUAACUUCGUCAGAUGUUUGAAGAUGAUUUCACCAUCACAUUCAUCUUACCACUGCUACUUUUUGUUAUGCAUCUCUGAUUAGCACUCUUGGCUGUCUAAACUCUGGAGUCUUAGUUUUAUGAUAUCUAUCAACUAUACCUUCAGCAUUUUCGUACUGUAAGUGGAGAUGGGUUCAUAUGGUCUUUUGGAGUCCACUCUCAAGGAAAUUCUUGAAGCAAUAAAACCCUUGCGGGAGGAUCGGUUGACACGAGAUAGAGUCAUUGCUGACUUACGACAGGUUGUUCAAUCACUGGAAAAUUUUAGAGGUAAUUGAUUGUAUUUGCUGUAUUUUAGUCUGCCUGCCUAGUUCUCUCUGUUUUUGGGGUAGUUUACUUUUCCUUAUUUCCAUAAUUAGAUGGUUGCUAAGAGACAUCAAUACUUUGUCUGUUAAGAUGUUGAGACUUCAGAGCAGGGCAGUAACCCGGUUACUGCUGGAAACUAACAUCUUAUUAGAAUAUUGCAGAAGACUGUAACAGAAAUUCACAAGAGUCAAAAAUGGAAAAUUUCUACUUACUAUAUUGCCAUGAGAUGAAAGUAAUUGAUUAAAGGGUGAUUAGUUUG